CAAUCUCUAAGUAGUUAGAUGUGAUCUUACCAAGAAACAGAGGUGAAAGUUUUAACUUUUCUGUACUUUUUAUCAUAUUUUCAGAAAGUUUCCUAUUUAAGUUUCACCAACUGCAGCAUUAUCUAUCAGGAGCAAAAUUAACAAAUGGCUGAGAGAAACGUCUGCUCCAUUGUAUCUUUGAUAAUAGCAUUAGUAUUUUUAAUGAUUGUCCUCAUUACACUUGGUAUAUUUUUGGACAAGACGGAUGACGGAAUAUGCAUUUUUGGAAAAAGAGGAAAUUUGGAAUUUGGAAUGAACGCCACUAUUACCGCUCUGACUGCUGUAAUAGCCAUGAUAUUCUUAAAUUUAUUUAAAAAUUCUUCUGUAGUGAUUGUUAUGAGCAAGAUUGUUCUGGUCAUGACGCUGAUUGCAGCUGGUGUUGUCUUAGCUGUCACACAUGCUAGCUACAAUAGUGACAAGAUGAAUACUCCACAAGCAAACACCACCUUUUGUGACUGGCUCCAAAAAACGCAUAAUUUUGCCAGUUGUACUUAUCUUAUCGGCGCCUCUGCGGUUUCAUUCUUGGCUGCUCUUGCUUUGCUUUUCGAAGCUUCCUGUGCUGGGAAUGUAAGAGUCGAUUGCAGUUGCGUUUGUUGUGAAGAGGAAUAAAACUCAAUGUUUAGAGAAAACACAUGGAAAUGUCUUCUAAUUCACACUUAAAUAAAAUUAUUACAUAGACAAUUGCACUACAUUUGUACACUCGAAUGUAUUCAUAAUAAAUAAUUGUAUUACGUUGUGUUACUUCUUAUAAUCAUUCCAACAAAAAAUAAUUAAUUAAAAUGUGAAGCCUUCACUUCCAAGAAGGUAUAGCAGAAAAUACACUCAUUACACCUGCUUUCUUUCUGAAGCGCACUCAAAAAGCAUUAAAAUGUUCAUGAUGUAACGUCGGAUAUUUAUAAAUACAGAGAACAUUUCCAGUACAAA